AUGGAUCAAAUCCUCCUGCAGACUAUCCCAAGUCAAUUGAAACGUGUGACUGGGAAAAGCCAGCAUGGAUUUAUCAGGGGCAAAUUGUGCCUAACAAACCUGAUUCCCUUCUAUGACAAAGCAACUCCCUUGGCUGAUGCAGGACAAGUGGUGGACAUCAUCUGCCUGGACUUUUCUAAGGGUUUUGAUAGGGUCUCCCACAGCCUCCUCCUGAAGAAAGUGACUGGACAAAAGGUCUGUGCAGUGGGUGGCACUGACAGUGGAAUUGGUGACAGACCAUUCCCAGAGGGUAAUAAAGAUUUCAUCCUGCAACUGGCAAUGGUCACAAGUGGGGUCCCCCAGAGACUGAUACUGAGCCCAAUGCUGUUUAACAUCUUCAUAAGUGACCUGGAUGAUGGGAUCAAGAGAACCCUGAUGAAGUUUGCUGAUGACACCAAGAUGAGUGGAGAGGUUGAUACCCUGGAAGGGCGAGUGACCCUCCAGGAUGAUUUAGACAGACUGAAGAGAUGGGCUGACAGGAAUCUGAUGAAGUUCAGUGUGGAGAAGAUUGCCACACUUCGAGAACAGUGGUCCAGCUCACCUGACAGUGGAUACCUCCACAAGGAAGUGCAGGAUGCAGAUGAUCACUCCACGCUGCCUGUGCCAACGUUGGAGCCACCACCCAGCAUGAGUCGGAGGAGCUCUCGCAGCUGCAGACUGGAACCAGGGAACAAAAUGCUGGAGAAUAUUCAGAAGUUGCUCACGAUUCGCAACCAAACCAUCAAGGAGCUGCUUGCAGAAGCACUGGGAAUGUUCAUCCUUAUGGUCUUUGGCUUGUCUUCUGUGGCACAAGUGGUAUUGGGAAGAGGAAACUUUGGGCAGCAUCUGAGCAUCAAUUUGGGAUUUGGCAUUGGUGUCACCUUGGGCAUCCAUGCAGCUGGAGGCAUCUCUGGAGCUCAUCUGAAUGCUGCCAUCACCCUCACCCACUGCAUCUUAGGAAACCUUCCCUGGAGAAAGCUCCCAGCAUAUCUGAUUGGCCAGUUCCUGGGCUCCUUUAUGGCAGCAGCCACCGUCUUCGGGCUCUACUAUGAUGCUCUGUAUGACUACACCAAGGGGAACUUUACGGUGACAGGACCGACUGCCACAGCAUCCAUCUUCUCCACUUACCCUGCUCCCUAUGUCUCCUUGCUGGGGAGCUUCUUCACAGAGUUUCUGGCAACAGUGAUGCUCCUCCUGGGAAUUCUGGUCAUCCAUGAUGAGAAAAACAACAGAGCCCUGAAUGGUACACAGGCCCUGCUCACUGGUAUUCUGGUCCUGGGCAUUGGCCUGGGGAUGGGGAUGAACACAGGCUAUGCCAUAAACCCCUCUCGAGACCUCCCCCCCCGGCUCUUCACAGCAAUUGCUGGAUGGGGAACAGAUGUCUUCACUGCUGGACAUCACUGGUGGUGGAUCCCAAUCACAGCUCCAAUACUGGGGAGUCUUGCUGGUGUCUUACUCUACAAACUCUUAAUUGAUUUUCACAACCAACCUCUCCUGGAAAGUGGAAAUGAGAAAGGACAGCCAGUGGUGGAGACUUCUAAGCUGUGAUGGCCACAUGCACUAAGGAAAGGGCCUGACAGCAAAGCCCACGUGGACACAGGGACUGACAAGUAAAGCGUAACCAAGUGGAUAAGGGGAUUUGCAACAGUGCUGCAGGUGGAGAAAGGAGGGACUAAUAUUCAAUAAACUUAAUUUAACCACACUGGGUCUCUGA